CGGACACCUCUUAAUGGGGAAAUAUGCGCCUCAUGCAGACUCACUGCAGCUUGCCAGCUUCGGCUUCCGUCAGUGCAGGGCAGUUCAUAGUUCUGCACAGAUUGAGGUUUCACUAUAAACUCAGCUAACGUGUUAGGUGUUCGUGUGUGUGCUGUCAGUUUCUUACGUGUGUGUGGUCCUAAAACAACUGUAAGCAUGCCUAAAAGAGCCAAAAAGAAUGAGGAAGCUGUGGAUGGGGAGACUGGCAAUGGAGCUGAACCUGCAAAGAAAGAGAAAAAGGGGAAGGAGCCAGAGGCUCCGAUUCUGUACGAAGAUCCUCCUGAUAAGAUGACCAGUAAGGAUGGCCGUGCGGCCAACAUGAAGAUCACCUCCUGGAAUGUGGACGGUCUUCGCGCAUGGGUCAAAAAGAACGGCCUUGAUUGGGUGCGUAAGGAGGAUCCAGACGUGCUUUGUCUGCAGGAAACAAAGUGUGCUGAGAAAGCCCUGCCAUCUGAGAUCACUGACAUGCCUGAGUAUCCGCACAAGUACUGGGCUGGAUCAGAGGGUAAGGAAGGUUACAGCGGAGUGGCCAUGCUCUGCAAGACUGAACCGCUCAAUGUCACCUACGGUAUUGGUAAAGAGGAACAUGAUAAAGAGGGCCGAGUUAUCACUGCUGAGUUUCCGUCUUUCUUCCUGGUCACGGCAUAUGUGCCCAAUGCCAGCCGUGGUCUGGUGCGGCUCGACUACCGCAAGACCUGGGACGUGGAUUUCCGUGCCUACCUGAGCGACUUGGACAAGCGCAAGCCCCUGGUGCUGUGUGGAGAUCUGAAUGUGGCCCACCAAGAGAUUGAUCUCAAAAACCCCAAGGGUAACCGCAAGAACGCAGGCUUCACCCCCGAGGAACGUGAGGGCUUCACCGAACUUCUCGAGGUCGGUUUUACCGACAGUUUUCGGGAGCUGUAUCCAGAACAAGCCAAUGCCUACACCUUCUGGACCUACAUGAUGAACGCACGAGCCAAAAACGUCGGCUGGCGUUUGGACUACUUUUUGCUGUCGUCUGCCUUACUCCCGGGUCUGUGUGACAGCAAGAUCCGAAAUACGGCCAUGGGAAGUGACCACUGUCCUAUUACCCUGUAUUUGGCCAUGUAGAUCAGGUUUCAGUUCCAUAUAUAUCUGCAUAGACACAGAAGGGUCUAGUCCUGUUAGUCCUAGAUUAGUAUUUCCUCUCUAUAAACCAAAUAGAGGUCCACAUAUAGGAAUAUGUGUGGUGCAGACACGUAUUGAAAGAAAUUCUAGUUAAGUUGUUUUGUAGUUUUGCAGCUUUGGUUAAGUCUGCUGUUAUUGGUCACCUGAAAUCAGGUUUUGACACUAAAAUAUCACAAAAAAAUCAUUAAUUUGAGCUCUCAUCCCAUUUUAUAUUUGCAGUUUAAAAAAAUCGCAGACUGUUAUCUAAAUGACAAACCCUGCCAAACUACUAUAAUAAACAUUGUCUCAGUGUUGAUUAUAGCUAAAUGUUUUGAAGCUUGUAAAAUACCUUGACCUGCAAAGAUAUAUCUGAUUUGAAGUUAUAGUUCUUUGGAUUUUGUCUUUGGUGCUAUUUUAACCUUUGGAUUCUACAGUACUCUCGAUUUAAUGAUGUUAGUGGUAGUUAAAUGUUACAUAUGCCACAUUAGUUUCAAAAGACCAGUGAUUGUGCUUAUUUGCUUUUUUUCCCCAUUGUCUGUCUUUCUG